UUGUAGCCAUAAUACAUUUUCUUUUUAAAAGUCUGAUAAAUUAGAUAAAAAUCAGUAUAAAUAAUGAAGACUCAUUAAAAGUCGUAUCAAAGAGAUUUGCAAUAUGAGUCGGUUACUUGUAUCAACUUUUGUGCUUUUAGCAUUAUUUGGCAGUUCUUUAGGACUUUCUGGGGGCGUUAAGGCUAGUAGGGGUCAAUUUCCAUAUCAUGUAUCUAUUCAAACAGCUGAUGAGUUUGGUAAUUAUUGUGGUGGUUCUAUCUUGAAUUCAAAAUGGAUUUUAACGGCUGCAACCUGUAUUAUUUCGCCAAACACAACUCUUUAUUACAUUAUGGCUGGUACAACAGACUGGACAAAUUUAGAUAAGAGUGGCACAAUUUUUAACGUUUCUGAGGUUGUCGUUCACCCAGAAAACGCAAAUAAUCGAGCAAUCGAUUUAGCUCUGAUUAAAGUAAAGCAGGAAAUUAAAUUUACAGAUACUAUUAAAAGUGUAGAUCUUCCUUAUCGAGACCUGACUUCACAAUAUUUACCUGUCAAAAUAACUGCUUGGGGAGCGGCUAGUUCAAACACAGUCGAGACUUCCAUUCGUGACCUUCAUUACUUUACAUCGCGAAUUGUAGCUCAGGACAGAUGUCUUCAAAAAUACACUUGGUUAAAAGAAACAGAAAUGUGUCUUAUCAGCAGAAGGAAUUAUGGCAUUUGUUUUAAAGAUGUCGGUAGUCCUGUGGUUAUUCAUGAUAAAUACCAAGUGGCGAUAGCUACAAAUCGUGUAACUUGUGGUUCAGGGGAUCCUGAUCAAGUCAUUCGCAUUUGGAAUUACGUUGAUUGGAUCAAGAGUGUGAUAAAAAAUAUUAUUUAAAUAUUUUCGAGUUUCAUAAAAUUCUGAUAACAUGUAAAUAUUGAAAAUAUUCUUUUUUCAAUAGUUUCAAGAAACAUUGUGAAAUUUUACUGUAUAAAUCUCGUUCAUUUUUUGCAAUGAUUUGAAGAAUAAAUAAUGGUUCAAUGUUUCCAAGUUAA